AUUCCUCGUUAUCGACCAUCGACGCCGCGGAACGCUGCACAUAUCGGCAAAGUCCAAAGAUAUCGGGCGUUUUUUUGUUUUUCUUUUAGGCUUACACAUAUCGGAGUAGCUCUCACACGUUACUCGCGGUAGAGUAUUUUGUCUGCCGCUACACGCAAGCCGAUUCUCUCCGAAGUGAGAGAACGUGAAAGCCCUUAUCUCUCAGGUUGCUUUCCGUCACUCUGCUUAUAAAUCCUAUCAGUAAUUAGUGUCGCAACAAAGGCGUUCGCUCUCCCUCCCCCGUCAGCGAGAGGCCCUUUCGCCGCCCAAGAAAACGCAGGCAAGAGCAGUCUCAUACACGGUGACGUCGGUGGAUGGCGACGACAAGGCUUUCCCACAGGUGCACUGGCCAUCGAGUACAACGAAAUAAUUGAACCGAAUCGUCGCAGACAUGGAUGCCAAGACCGCAAGCGAGGUCGAAGUGGGAUCUCCCAGCCCGCAAGUUGCGCGCUCAGGGGAACACAAGAGGGUGAAGACCCUGUACCCUGACUGCCCGUGGAGUUGGAUGGUGGCCGUGGGAUGUUCGUGCAUGAACUUCUUCACGGUGGUGAUGAUUCGGUCGGCGGGCGUCGUCUACGUCAACAUCGUAGACUACUUUGGAGUCACGCGGCAAGAGGCAGCAUGGCCCAUCUCCAUCGUACCCGGGUGUGCCAACCUAGCGGGUCCCUUCGUUGCCGUGAUCGUCAGAAAAGUCGGCGUCCGCCCGGUGGCUAUCAUCGGCACCUUUAUGAUGUCGCUGUCGAUCAUGCUCUGCUUUUUUGCUCCCAACAUCCUGUACCUUUCGGUGUUCCUGGGAGUCUUCCAUGGUAUAGGUUCCGGGAUGACCAUCACACCCAACGCCGUCUGCCUCAACGAAUGGUUCGACCGCAUGAAGGUCCGAGCGAGCGGCAUCAUAUACACGGGAGCCUGUCUGGGUUCUUUUGUGUUUCCCGUGCUUUUCAAGUACUGCAACGACGUCUUCGGCAUCCGAGGAUGCUUCCUCAUUUUCGGGGCCCUCAUGAUGAACGCCGUGGCCUUUUCCUUCUUCAUCCGCUCCCCUCCAUGGAGGGUCAAGGCAAGAAAAGCCAAGCUCAAAGCCAAGCGGGUGGAGAAGCAAAAACAGAUAUUGUCCAACGGAGGCCCCCAGGAAAACAAGGGAUUCGUGCCAGAUCUGAAGCUCUUGGCAGGACCGUCCACUGACGCAAUGUUUCCUGUCAUACCACAAAGUAAUGGCACGUCGAAGGAUAUCAGCAUACAGAAUGGAAUUCGCGAAGAAACCCCAAACUCCACAAGAGAGACGAUGAUCUCGGGCCGAGCAGAUGGCACUGAAUUGGUUGCUUCCCAAUAUCAGCUUCCAAAAAGAAACUUUCAGAGGAGUAUAAGUCAGCAACCGCCCGAACCACGUGCGACCGACGGUAGUAACAAACCGAGGUCGGACAGUGUUGCGUCCGGCGAAUCCACGGCCGUCUGGCCGCGACAGCACCGCACCAGCGAAGGUUCUCAGGCCCCGGAAGACCAUUCGCAUCACAGAGGAAGUUUACGACGACAGUCAUCGACACGUUCGUCUCUUUCCAACUUCUACUGCAUAUAUGAGCCAACCGCACACAGCAACGCCAUCAAUACCAUUCCGGAACUAGACGACAUCGAGGAAGAUCAUGUAUCGAUUGCAACGUACCAGCACGUCGAAGUCACAAAGAAGAAGCUUGUGAAUCGGGUGUCCUUGUUAAUGGGGCUCACUUACGUGUUCGUGACCUACAGCAACAUGGCUUUCAUGACGGUGCUAAUGGACUUCGCGCAAGACAGACACGUGCCACUGGACAAAGCUGUCUAUUUGCUUUCGGGCUUCGCGACUUCGGACAUUGUGGGACGACUGAGUGUCGGCUGGGUGUCUGACAAGGGAAUCCUCGAGAACAAGACCAUCCUAGGACUGUCUUGCUCGGCUUUCGGCUUGUGCAUGCAGGUUCUGCCAUUUUUUUCUACAUACGAAGGCAUCAUGUUCAUGUCCAUCCUAGUGGGCUACGCAAUCGGCAACACCGUGGUGCUCUUCAAUGUCGUCCUCGGUGACGCUGUCGGCGUCGAGCGCAUUCCAACCGCCAUUGGUUGUAUAUCCUUUGUGGCGGGUCUCACUGCAUUCUCAAGGCCCUUUCUGAUAGGUCACUUUAGAGAUAACAUCGGCAGCUAUGACAACAUGAUCCGUAGCUUGGGAGCUGUAGUCCUCGUCCUCGGUAUUUUGUGGUUUUCUCUGCGAAUUUAUGAGAAGACGCGCAGCAAAGGCUUCGAUGUCGAGGUCCCCUCAGAUGCAACUCCCGGCGUGCCCCAAAAUACCGGUGUUCAAUAGUGACUUUUUUACAAAGACGUGUCGAAUCAUUACGGCAAUGUGCAUCCGCGUGCCGCUGUGCUCUCAAGCAAUAAUGGGCAACCCGAUGUCCUCCCGUGUGCACAAGCUUCAACUUACGAUCAUCGCGGUGGCUUGUCGUUCAUCGCUGCGGGUAUCGAGGACACCGAGAGUAUGAAUUCACGAUGCCGGAAUUUCAAGAUGAAAAUAUUGUGUACCCCAGCGGUGAUGCACAUCUCCGAGGGUAAUACCUUUUAAGAAAAGUUGCCGUAAUAUGAUCCGGCUGUAAAUGGCAGGAAAGGGUGAUUUCCACCUACGCCACCCCAAACGACUCCUUCCCCUGCUGGCCGACCACGCACACCUCUACUACAACCAUCACCCGGAACGCUGCUUACUUGUUGCUGAAAAUUGCCUUUACAAACAAAUAUAAAAGAUGAUGAUCGACACUAACACAAUCUCUGAGAUCAACAACGAUAUCAUCUAAAGUUUUAUAAGAUACAGCACGAUAUACCAUCUAAACUGAAAGUCACUAAUGUUUUUAAAUACGCUGAAUUUGCUUAGAACAGGAAUUCGUUUUCAAGAUUACAACGCAAAGCAGUUAUCAGUAGCUGAAAUGGAAUCGCAUACCUGUAUUAUGCUCAAACAUGAUAAAGGCCGUGAGACCUUUCUAUCUUGCCGAUCCACUGCUGCCCAAACAUAAAUGUGAGACCUUACCUCCGUACCUUUGAAUAACUAAAACGGGUACCGGUAUUUCUGUAAUCAUCAAAAAACAUCGGCUCAAUUCUUAUAAGCUUUAGAGAUAAUUCACACACGAAAACAAGAGCUGGCAGGGGAACAUAGCAAUUAUCUUUAUCUACAGUUUAUGGUCACAACGCAUCUUAUCGCGAAGAGCAUUUAGGCGCAAGAAAAGGUGAAAGCGCUGGAAGUUGUAAUCGCUCCCAUCUCCUCAGGCACCUGUGGAGUAGAGACAUUUAAUGGGAGUUGUCUGCCUAGUCACUCCCAAAGGUCACUCGCUCUGCGAAACCGUAAACAGAAGGUGAGUGGGAAAGGGAAGGCCCACAGGAAGUUUUCGAACGCUGUCCAGGAACGCUGUGAAAUAAGGACGCUCUCACUCUGCUGGCGAAAGAAAGGGACUUUUCUUAGCGAGUCAAACAAGAGUUCCAUGCUCAAUGCUAUGACAGCUAGAGGUACCGAAGCAUCAGAACAGGGAAAUUACAAGCGACGCGAGGAAGGUCUGGAAAGUGUAUGGAUGACGGAUUAGGGAAGUGGAGACUGGAAGACGUCAGCGAGUGAAACGUCAUUAACAAAGGAACUGAAUAUUUGUGUUUUUAUCUAAAAUAAAGUCAUUCGACUGACUGA